GUACCGCGGUAACGUGGAAUCAACCCGAUCAACUAAGAUUAUUUUUUGUUCUACCUAUUAAUUUGUGCUUAAAAAUAGUUAUCGUAUUUUUUUUUAUAAGUUUUUAUUGUAGAAGUACCUUCCUGUUUCUAACGACUUCUUAUCAUUUGAGCACCGCCAAAGUGUGUUUAUAUUUUAUUAUCGAUAUCGAUUACUAUUCUCUAUUCGGUUUAUUUACUAUUAUUAUUUUUUUUUUUUAUCAUACUUCAAUUUAAUAUUUGAGAAUUAUAAAUAUUAUAAUAAUUAACGAUGAUUCCUUUAACAUAAAUUACACUAAACGUACUGUUAAAUUUCGAUUCCCGAAAUCUACACCGAAAGAUUGAUGAUGAUCAACUAACACCAUACAUUUCCCGAUCACCGAAUGGCGUCCAUCGUCGCUGUAAACGUACUCUACUGAAAAUUUUACCGCCGACGACGUAAGAAAUUGAACGAAAAUGGAAUUUGACAUCGGGACAGAACUCCUAAUUCAAUCACCUGGAAAUAUAUGGACACCGGCUUUUGUAGAGGAAGAUGAUGGUGAUGAAAUAUUUAUAACUUACAAAGAUGGCAAUGGAACAAAUGAAUGGAUUAAUAAAGACAGUCAUAGAAUUAAAUCUAUAAAUGAAGAAUUAAUAAAAACCCAAUCUGAAAAUAUUAAUAUUUUACCUGAAAUAAAACCAAUAAUUACUAAUGUUCAAUUCUCUGAAAAAGAAAUAGCAAAAAAAUCAAUUACAAGUGCACGAUCAUCCAGUAUAUUUAAAGUAAAGUUUAAAAAAGAUGAUUUUUUGACAAAAAAAACUCAAGAUUCUAAAAAUAAAGAACAAAAAAUAAUAAAAGAUACUAAGAAAUCAUCAGAACGUGAGACAAAACAACUUCCUAGUAAUGAAAAACAUUCUACCAGCACAACAUUAAAACAUUCACUGAUUGGAGAAAAUUCAGAAAUGGAAAACAUUAAAGUUGCGGAAAGUAUUAAUUCUUCAAAAAACCCAAAACCUUUGACAGAAACUAAUUUAAUGAGAUCUGAAAAUUUUGAAGAACUAUUGGAAGAUAUUGAAGCAGAGGCAGAAAUAUGUUCACCGACAAAAUCUAUUUCUCGUAAUGAUAUAAAACAAAAAAAAAAAAAGAAAAAAUCAUAUUUUGGUCAAAAAAGGAGGUCUGAAAAGAAAAAAUCAAAAAAAAAUGAAAGUAAAAAUAAAAAAUUAGUAGUGAAAUUAAAUUCAAAUAAUAUUAAAAAAGAUAGUACAAUGCCAGAUAAUAGCACAUUGAAUUACUCAGAUGAAAAAGAAACAACACCACCUUUAAAAAAAAUUAAAACAUCUCUUCCUGUCAGCAAUUCACAAGAAAAUUCUGUACAACAAAGUUGUUCACCAUUAUUCCAAGAACUAGCUAACAAUACUCUAUUACAAAAAAUUAGAAUGGAUGCUUCUAACGAACAAGGAUUAAGAUGUCCAAAACAAGAAUGUCGAAAAUUGUUUCGUAAAGAAAAUUUAUUAAUGAUGCACAUUAAACACUAUCAUUCUGAAUACACUGAAUUAUUGGUGUCAACACCUAAUGUAACAGAUCUCGCAACAGCAAGAAUCGAAGGUGAAAAUGUUGAUGAAUUAUCUCCGUCUUAUUUUCUUCAUAGAAUAUCUCAAAUAGAAGCUAAAAGAAGCUGGGGCAAUACGUCAUAUGAAGCACCUUCGCCAACUGCAAUUCCUUCAUCAUUAAAACUGACUGAACAAGAAAUAAGUAAUAACACCUCUCUUAAUUCUGAAAAUUAUAACACAUCGUUCACGUCCAUUGACCAACCAAACAAUAUAACUUCAGCUCAUAAUUCUAAAGAUUCUGGAAUUUCUGGUGUAGUAGAAUCAUUCAGCUCAACAACCGAGACACCAAUUAAACAACAAUAUGUUGAAAUGAAAGAAGCUAUUAGAAAUAUAACAUUAAAUGAUGAUUUUGAAAAUGAAACUAGAGAUAGUUAUGAUAUGAUAAGUAUAGGAGGCUCAGACCGACAUUUUAAAAUUAAAAAAAAUAAAUCAGAUGUCGAAACUCUUCCUAAAGAAGAGGUGAUCAAUUGUUCAUGUGCUUCAAAUCAAGAAGAUGGUUUAAUGAUUCAAUGUGAUAUUUGUUUGUGCUGGCAACAUGGAUAUUGUAAUAAAAUUGAUUCUGAAGAUCAAGUACCCGACAAUUAUAUUUGCACAAGUUGUUUAAAUCCUCUAAAAAAAAGACGAUCAAAACAAUAUGACUAUUCACAAGAUUGGAUUAAAGAAGGAAUAUUAGCCAGUGUCUUACAACAUAAAGAUGAGCGACGAAGAAAAGAUGAAGCUAUUUUAAAACAGUCUCAUCAGUUAGUAGCUGAAGUGAUAGAACACAAUAAUUAUUUACAUAGUUUACGAGUUAAAACUAUAAUUUAUGGUCAAACCCCUGAUCAUCCAAAACUGUAUUUAUGGACUGAACAAGGUUCAAAAAAAAAAGAAGAACCUAUUCAAGACAAGCUUGAAGAAUUGCUUUCUGGUCCAGUACCCGAAAAACCUAUAAACAAUUCUGACUGUAGAAAAAAUUUACUCGAAGAAAUUGAAGAUGGUUUUGAUAAUUUAGAAGCCAGAAUCAAUUUAUUUGAAGCUAAGACUAAUGGACUUGAAGAUCAAGUUAAUGGCUGCGUAGAUAAUGAAGUCUUAACAAAUACUGUUACUUUAUUAUUACGAGACUUGAAUUCAAUCAACCAUCAUAUGUCAUUAGAAAACAAUAACAAUAAUAAAGAAGAAGAAAAUGUUUGAAAAAAACUUCAUGGAUUUAGUUAAUCACACUAUUGUUACUUCUAAAAUUCUCGUUAAAUCCUAUAAAUAUCAUACAUUAUAUAUUAUUUAUUGAAAUAUUUUAAAAGUAACAUGAUUAUCUGAUAAAGGUUCUGAUUUUAAUUUGUGUUUUGUAGUUGUAUCAACACAAUUUCAUAUGUUAACACUGCUCCAGCAACCUGCAAAGAAAAUGUUUAUUU